AAAGAAGAGUUUUGUGUAAGCUUGAAAGCUUGUCUCUCUCACUCACGGAAGUUGGUUCAAUAAAAGAUAUUACUUCACCCACCUUCUGGCGGUUUUGGUCUCUUGGGCUCAGUUUACUGAUAAUUUGAGUGUCUCUAAUGUCAAUAUCCAUUUCAGCACAGUUCAGUUAUAAGAUUUUUAUUAAUUAAACCUGCUCUAAUGGCUUGCACAAAGUUCCUAUAAAGAUUCAUAUCCUGUAAAGGAGCUGAUUGGAAAAACUCUUAGCAUUAUCCAAUUACUGGGCUCAUUUAUGCAUCGACUAAUGGCCUCUUGCCUACCCUUGUUGCCCGAUGAAUCAAUGAUUGCUUCUUGCCUACAGUAACUACAUCUAUUUUGUCUACGAUUUAUUUUGUGUUUCCAGUGCUCUCUGUUUAUGACAAUAUGAACAGCUGAAAAGGGGGCAGCAUAUCAUUGCUAAUGGGAUCUCCAUGGUGCAGAACUGUUCUCCAGGGUCCUGCCGUCUGCCUUAUACAAGGAUUUUAUACAUCGGAAGAUUGGAGCUGACUGUAUUUCCCAUGCCUGUGCAAUCCUAGCAGCUGAGCUUGUCACCAGCAGUCUCUGUUCAUAACGCCAUGGGGAGCACAUUCGCUCUAUUUCUAGCUGCUGCUGCUGUUUUCUUUUUCUUUAAAGGUUGCAGUUGUUCAGAAGCGGAGCACAGAUUGUUUGCAGCCUUGUUUGCUAACUACAGUCAGUUUAUCAGACCAGUGGAGAACGUGUCAGACCCUGCCAUCAUUCAGUUUGAGGUAUCCAUGUCACAGCUGGUGAAGGUGGAUGAAGUGAACCAGAUAAUGGAGACCAAUUUGUGGCUGAAACAUAUCUGGAAUGAUUACAAACUUAAGUGGAAUCCAGAGGAAUAUGGAGGUGCUGAGUUUAUUCGAGUUCCAGCUGAUAGGAUCUGGAAGCCAGACAUUGUCUUAUAUAACAAUGCAGUUGGGGACUUCCAAGCUGAUGACAAGACAAAGGCCUUUUUGAAAUACACAGGAGAAGUGACCUGGAUACCUCCAGCUAUUUUUAAAAGUUCAUGUAAAAUAGAUGUGACCUACUUUCCAUUUGACUAUCAAAACUGCACCAUGAAGUUUGGUUCCUGGUCUUACGAUAAAGCUAAAAUUGACUUAGUUUUAAUUGGCUCUACAAUGAACCUCAAAGACUACUGGGAGAGUGGAGAAUGGGCUAUUAUUAAAGCUCCUGGAUAUAAACAUGACAUUAAGUACAACUGUUGUGAAGAGAUAUAUCCAGAUAUCACCUAUUCUCUUUAUAUUAGGCGCCUGCCUUUAUUUUAUACCAUCAACAUGAUUAUCCCAUGUCUGUUGAUUUCUUUCUUAACUGUUUUGGUGUUCUACUUGCCUUCAGACUGUGGUGAGAAGGUGACACUAUGCAUAUCAGUCCUUUUAUCCUUAACUGUAUUUCUCCUAGUGAUCACAGAGACCAUCCCCUCUACCUCUUUGGUGAUCCCACUUAUUGGAGAAUACCUCCUCUUCACCAUGAUAUUUGUAACUCUUUCCAUUGUCAUUACUGUGUUUGUACUUAAUGUGCAUUAUAGAACACCCAAGACACACACAAUGCCUGAGUGGGUGAAGACCAUUUUCUUGAACUUACUUCCCAAGAUCAUGUUUAUGACUAGGCCUGCCAGUGAUGAAGAGAAUAAUCAGAAGCCAAAGCCACUUUACAGUGCUAAGCUCUCAGACUUAAAUUGCUUCAGCAGCUCUGAAACCAAAUGCUGCAAAGAUGGCUUCAUAUGUCAAGAUAUAACAUGCAGCUGUUGUCGGUGUCAACGAAUAAAGUUUUCUGACUUCAGUGGCAAUCUUACAAUGAGUACAAGCUAUGAAUCGGUAGAUGCUCUGCUUUCGUUUUCAGUUUUGUCACCAGAAAUGAGAGAUGCCAUUGAAAGUGUCAAAUACAUUGCAGAGAAUAUGAAAAUGCAGAAUGAAGCCAAAGAGAUUCAGGAUGAUUGGAAGUAUGUUGCCAUGGUAAUUGAUCGCAUUUUUCUGUGGGUUUUUAUUCUGGUAUGUAUUCUAGGAACAGCGGGAUUGUUCUUACAACCAUUGAUGGCUGGAGAUGAAAUGUAGGAAUUCAAAAUACUCUGUUGUAAAAGAAAUUUGUUUGCUGACCAAACAUUUUAUGCUCUUUUUUGUUACUUUAGCUGCUUCUGUAUAUACUGUUUUAUUAGUAGAAUAAAAGAUGUCUGUAGACUCAUUAAGCUUCACCCAGCAAAGCUUCAUUAUAAAUGUGAAAAGCUUUAACUGAUUUUAAAAUGUAAUGACAGCCAAUCUGAAGGUAAUAUUCUCCAGACUAUUGCCAGAUAUCCCUUACAAGAGCUGGAGAAAAUGCAGGUAGCGUAUAAAAAUUCACAGAAGUGUUUGUUAAAAAGCAUUUAUGAUAUAGACAUGUCCAACAGAAAUUGGAAAUCACAGCAUUUCCACAGGAAUGUUUAGAGGACUGACAGAAGGCUGAAGAAUUUAGGUAACCUGACCUACUUCUAACACUCAUAUCCAGUGCUAUAUCCUCCAGGAUGCGACAUGCUUCAGUACAAUUCUUCUGGGAGCAAGAUCACAAAUAGCGCCAUAAAGCCACUCCAGUAUAUAGCCAUUUAGAAACUGUAGCUCUUGAAUUGCUAUACUAAUAUGCAACUUGUUGGUAUAUGAUAUACCCAUUAUUAUGCCAGGUUUUGAGGGGAACAAGUAGUGGGUAAGUUACUUUAGAACAAGGCCAACUCAUUUAUAGCUGGAUAAUAUGUUAAAAUAGCAAAGUGCCCAUUGCAUGAUUCUGCUCACCUCCCAUUUUGGAAAUGAAACAAAAUUGCUAGCAAAAUGUCAAGUUAUUCAGACCUAAUAAUAUCAUUACUUACACACACACACACACACACACACACACACACACCCCAGAGGAGACAAACAGCUCACAUGAAGAAAUUAAGAUAUUACAGGAUAGUUUUGUUUCACAUGCUAUAGACAAGUACUUUAAUAAAAGGUGGGUAGAUAUAAAAUUUUCCUGUGAAGUGUAGUAGAACUGCUUCUCAUACAUACAUCCCAUAUGUUUUUACCAAUAACUGUAGAUAUACUUAAACAGGAGCAUGAAGAUAAAUAUAGUGCACUAAAAGGGUUGGGAAGGCGCUUGGUAAAAAUGUGAAUUGUUCUCUCUGUGCAAAAUUGGAAAUUUCAUGGAAAUGUGGAAGUAGUUAUAUAAAAUUUUUGAAAAAUAAACAGAAUUAUGUAGUU